UUUCACGCCUUCUCCGCGGCCAGCCAGCUACAGCGACGUCGUGCGCUUUGACUCCCCUGCCCCAGCCCCCUCUCCUGCGCCGGCCGUUGUGCCUGUGCCGGUGGUGGCCACGGCGGCGGGGCAGCCGGAUGGAUGCGCGGACGGACGACGACGCCGACGGCGCCCCUUCCGUCAAGCGAGGAGGCGCCGGGCACCGCCGGUCCGGGUGGCGGAACCCCUGCCGCGCAUGGCACCGGAGCAGCCUUCCUGGGCGCGUGGUUGCCAGCUGCCUCCCCAUCCCAGCAGACGCAAGGCCGAUGGUGACCGCCGCCGGCCCCGCAUCGACGCGGACGGCUACGUGGAAGUGUUGUCGAGGUCCACUCACCGGAGGCUGCGACGGACGGAGAGCUCGACGGAGCAUUCGGCGUCCUCCUCUGAGCUCCCACCCGGCUUCCUCGAUGGGCCCGUCUGGUAGCAUGGCUUGCCCAGCGGGCCCAGAUGGUUGCAACGUGGAGCGGAGCGUGGGCAUGGCGGCCGAGGAGGCUAGGCUACGGCUGGCUCUGAUCGGCGUGGUGGGCAGCCCCUCGGCGGGUUGCUCUGUGGACGACGCGCGGCGGGCCAUCGUCGAGGCCACGGGCGUGCGUGCCGAGGACCUCUCCGUCAAGUUGCACCUGGAGAACUUCCUGGUGAUCUUUUCGGCCUACCCCCAACGCGACGGAAGGGACACCCGUGGCGGCGGCGGCACUGGGGGCGCUCGGAUCUUCGUUCCCUGCGGUGGCAAUGGCGCCCCAGCACCGCACCGGAUGGUGCUGGGCCACGCGCCUGUGACGACGGCAGCAGGAGUCCCGACAAGCGACCGGCUUGUUGCUGGCCAGUCUGAGGAGCACCCAAUGGCAACCGUGCCUUGGGUGGUUGAGCCUGCCUUGAGCGUGGAGCCGACCUCUGCUGUCGGGGAGCCGGCCACCAAGGCAGUGGUCCCGACCAAGCCGGUCGUGCCACCAGAGGCAAUCAGUUUUGAACUGUGA